AGAGAGACAGAGAGAGAGAGAGAGAGAGAGACAGAGAGAGAGAGAGAGAGAGAGAGACAGAGAGACAGAGAGAGAGAGAGCGAGCGAGAGAGAGACUUUUUGCGUGUCUCUAAACUCUUUUGUCCUGUCUUUGUUUCCGUCCCGCCUGCUUUGGACCUGUGCUAUUGUCUCGUUAGUAGCACCUGGGACUUAUUCGUGUACCUCUCUCGGAGUCGCCCGCACACUCCCCUUCUCCCUCGUGCCUCUCUCCUUCCCCCCUCCUCCUCCUCCUGAGCCGCUGUGACCGUCAGCCCUCCACCGUUGGACUAUGCCCCCACCGGUGAGCUGAGGAAGGGGGCUCUGAGCUGCUCGGGCUCCCACCUGGAGAAGAGUCGGGCUGACAUCAAAGAGGAGACGGUUAGGUUAUUGCUGAAAAUGCAAGCCUCAACUGUCUCACCUGUGACCAACACUUCAAACACAAUCACAAAGACCAAAGAACAAAUACUCAUCCAGAGUUCAGGGGCAAUGAUCGUUGUCAUCGUCUUGGGAAUCAUCAUCAUUCUCGCCAUUCUCCUGAUAAUCCUGAAGACGUACAACAGGCGAACACAUGUAUCCAGAGUCCUGGGAGCCAGCGGUGGCUCCAAACCUCGUCCGAAGACGUCACUAACCACAGUUAACAGCAGCGUUCCGCUGAGCGUCAUGGGACCCAACUCCGUGUCGGGCAGCAUCUUCAGUUCAAACCCAACCUCAGAGAACAACUCGCAGCUGCCCAUAGCGCCGCUGGACUGCAUGGAGGGAAACCACAUCGAGCAGUUAUGCACCAUCAGUGAAUCCUCUGCGGUCACCGAAAGUGAUUCUCCAUCAAUAGAAAACACAUAGCAACAAGACUGUGGUCUCACAACAGGCACUGAGUGACCCAUCACUAAACACCAACUGAACCACUACUGGUCACUACAAUGGUACCAGGAUGCACGUGUGGAAUAGAAGUCAUGAACAAGAUGGUACCUUAAACAAACAUGAUGGAUUGCAUGAAGGAUGUUGCAUGAUGGGAAACUGAGCAUUUCUUGAGAAGAAUUUAUUUUUGACUGCAGUCAGUGUUCAGAGUAGAGAUGCCAGAAGUGUCUCGCUGUUUGUAGUCUUUGAAGAUCACUACUAAUACCAUGAAGAAAAUGUGUAGUAAAGACUGUAAUGGCUUGACUACAUUGCUCUUAAGUGUGUACAUUUCUGUAUUAAAGAUGACCACAUAGGUUCAUGUGUAAGUGUAGGAUUGAUAUAAACUUCAGAGAAGACAAAGGCAGUAUGAAAGACGCUAUCUCAGUGUGUAAUGGAUACCCGUAUGUUUGAGAAACACGUGUUGAUAUUGCAUACAUUAUUCCUAACUAAAUCUGCUUAACCUUGCAUUGUACUGUCUUUGUCUUCUGGUCACAGAUUCUCUCGGAUUAGUUUUCGUAAAAGAAAUCUAUAAAUUGUCAGUGUGUUUUUUACUAUGUAUAACAAAAAGCCCAUCGAGUUUAUUUUUAGACAUCUGUGUGUCUAACACGGUGAUGUAAAUCCUAGUUUGACGCCAAAGGGUUUUGCACUUUAUUUUCAUUGCUCUGUAUAUGUAUUAUUUGUGGUUCUUUACAUGAAAUUAGAUUUAAAAAUAAAAUAUAAUAUUUCUAA